AGAGCGACCGCAGUGCUGGAGAAGAAUUAGCGUACGUGUGUGUCCGCCAGUGUGCUCUUUAUUAUUUUACGACCUGCGCCGCGGUUUUUGGCGUAAUUAGAACCGCCGAGGGACUCGCUGGAGCGCAGCGUGGUGGGGAACACAUGGCACGCGGCUCGAGGAGCGCCUCAGUGCACGGCGGGUGGACUACGUGACAUGACCUCGAGGGUGGCACACCACCGACACUCAUCCGUGGAUGCGAAAUUCAACGUUGGCCAAAGCGAAAUAUGGCGACGUUCUUACGGAGAAGCCGUCAGCCAUGACUUCCACGAACUCAAGGACGACGCAUCAUCAGGGCAACAGACUAACCCUGAAGGCGCAACAGGAAAUGAAGGAAGCUCUUUGGAAGCCGACUCAGCCCUUCCAGGAACACCUAACAGUAUGGAUUUCACGCCUACGCGUGAAUUUUUAAAACCGGGAUCUGCGAACAGGGCAAGCUGGAGAUCAGCUCAGUGGCGACGACCACAUGGCUCAUCCGGCGCGCAGUUAUGGAAUCCAAACGACGAGGACUCGCAAAGCCUUUUGUUCCGAGACGGAAUACGACCCAUUGACUAUGUGUUGGCUUACGAGGAGGGCGACGCUCUUGAAGUCGCUGAAGAGAGGAGGCGUGAGAAAAGGGAAACUUUUCAGAAGAAUCUCGAGGCUGAAGGAUUGCAACUUGAGUUGGAGAGGAAGGAGGACUCGUUUGACAGAAGAACUUGCUUUAUAAAAAUCCACGUGCCAUGGAGAGUGAUGCGCAGAUAUGCUAGCAUAAUGAAUCUCAAAAUGCCCAUUAAGAGGUUCAUCACAGUUUCAUCGACAACUUGGUUGAAAGAAAAUGGGGGUAGGGAGGAAAUAAUUCCACCGGUUGAAAGUGAAAGUGAAAUCGCCCCGCGGCAAAGCGCGUUGAGGAGAUUCAGCGCAAUGUUAGGCAUUGAGCUUGAAAGACAAGAGCCCUCUUUUUACGCGUCCGCUCUUGCCAAACCUAAGGAAGAGAAGUUUGUAGUUAAAGAUAGAGAACUGGACUAUACCUCGGCCCAAAGAAGUCAAGUCGCGUGGCAAAUCAUGAUGAGAUGCCGAUACGACGAUCAUGAUAAAGAAAAGGUUGGCAUUCGACGGUUGUUAAACAAUCAAACCUUUUUGGCUGCCUAUCCCCUGCACGAGGGCAGAUACGACAAAGACCCUCCUGAGGGCAUAGACCGGUUGGACAGAAGGAUCUUGUACCUGAAUUGGGCGAGAGCAGGCACCUGGUACAAAAAGCAGCCGUUGUGGCAGGUGCGAAAGUAUUUCGGAGACAAAAUUGGCCUCUACUUCGCGUGGCUGGGGUUUUACACGGAAAUGCUGAUCCCAGCGGCCGUGGUGGGUCUGCUGUGCUUCCUUUACGGCUGUUUCUCCCUGAACUCGAAGGACAACAUUCCCAGCAUGGAGAUUUGCAACCCCAAGAGUGCAGGGAACAUCACCCUGUGUCCAUUGUGCGACAAAGCUUGCCAAUAUCAGCAACUAAAAGACUCGUGUUUUUUUGCCAAAGUAACAUACCUUUUUGACAACCCUGCCACCGUUUUCUUCGCCAUUUUUAUGUCCUUUUGGGCCACUACAUUUCUGGAGUUGUGGAAAAGGAGACAAGCCGUCAUCGCGUGGGAAUGGGACCUGCAGUUCGUUGAGGAGGACCAAGAGCCGCGACCCGAGUUCGAGACCUCGGUAAAAACCUUCAGGGUUAACCCUGUGACGGGUAGGAGGGAACCGUUCCUUACUCUCUGGGAUAGAUCGAGGAGGAUUGUAGCCUCUGGUUCUAUUGUCCUGUUCAUGGUGUGCAUCGUCAUGUGCGCAGUAGUGGGCACGAUCUUGUACAGACUGUCUGCAGUGGCGGUGCUGUACCGGAACGGAGACGCGUUUAUGAAGCGAAAUGCCAAAAUCUUGACUUCCAUGUCAGCAGCAAUGAUCAACUUGAUAAUUAUUGUGCUUCUUACCAGGUUUUAUCACAGACUGGCAUUGUGGCUGACCAACUUGGAAAAUCCACGAACGCAGACUGAAUUUGAAGAUAGUUUCACGUUCAAAAUAUUCGUGUUUGAAUUUAUGAACUUUUACUCGUCACUGAUUUACAUCGCAUUUUUCAAGGGCCGAUUUUUCGUGCACCCUGGGGACCAGCAUGCGCGAAGUUCCGAGUUUCUAAGGCUGAAAGGCGACGUGUGCGAUCCAGCAGGCUGUUUAUCAGAACUGUGCAUUCAACUAGCCAUCAUCAUGGUCGGCAAGCAAGGAUUCAAUAAUUUCAUCGAGCUUUUGCUACCGAAAUUGGAGAAUUGGUGGAGGAAGAGAAGCCACAUGGCGAAAACCGACAACAAAGAACGACCGCUGAGAAGAUGGGAAGAAGACUAUCAACUGCAGGACAGUGGCAGAUUGGCCCUGUUUCAGGAAUAUUUGGAAAUGGUCUUGCAGUACGGAUUUGUGACCAUGUUUGUGGCAGCCUUCCCCUUGGCACCGCUUUUCGCCCUUCUGAACAAUGUGGCUGAGCUUCGAUUAGACGCUUAUAAAAUGCUGACACAAGCGAGGAGGUCGUUAGCUGAAAGAGUCGCGGAUAUUGGUGCGUGGUACGGAAUUUUGCAAGGCGUUACAUAUACUGCGGUCGUCUCAAACGCGUUUGUGAUCGCAUACACAAGUGACUUCAUACCUCGGAUGGUGUACAAAAUUGGCUACUCGCCCACGGGCUCAUUGGAGGGCUACAUUCAAUCGUCCCUUUCUCUUUUCAACACAACGGAUUACACGGAGGGCAUGGGCGCGGAACGGUCGCGGAACGCAUCCGAGCCUCCAGUAUGUUGGUACCGAGGGUACAGAAAUCCGCCAGGCAGUCCAGACCAAUAUGACCUGUCAGCCCAGUAUUGGCACGUAUUUGCGGCACGACUCGCUUUUGUUGUGAUAUUCGAGCACAUAGUUUUCGCCUUGACAGGAAUAAUGGCCUACGCUAUCCCUGACGUGCCCGUCGAGGUGAAAACCCAAAUCCAAAGAGAGCGCCUGCUCGCCAAAGAGGCCAAAUUCGACAACAAACGACGGGAUCUCAACAGAUCGGCCAGCGAAGGAACUCCAUUGCCGAAUACGCAUCCACCAGUGCUGCCGAACGACUGCACUGCGUUGCACCAUCAUAAAGUGAUCAUUCAGAACUCUGUCUGGGACCUCAGCUAAAGUGAAAAUUCGUGUUUCAUCGAAUCCUUAUUUGGCUUUCAAAGAGCGUUUUUUUAUUAUUAAUCUCAUAAUAUCGUUUCGUGCCACUGCAGACAAACAUCAAAUAAUUUUGAUAAAGAAAAAAGCGCUAUUUAUCUAUUUAUAAAGCAAAUAAAAGUUUUUUAAUCUGCAA